AUGUCCCUCGGGUCCAUCUUGUUCAACGAUGUGGCCAUUGUCUUCUCCCAAGAAGAAUGGGAACAGCUGGUGCCUGCUCAGAGGGACCUGUACAAAGACGUGAUGCUGGAGACAUACCACACCCUAGUUUCGCUGGGUCUUACCAUUUCCAAGCCUAAUGUGAUCUCCUUCCUGGAGCAAGGAGAAGAGCCCUGGUUGGGAGAGAGGGCAGUGACAGGAGGCCUGGGCCCAGUCCUGGAGUCUGGACCAGAUACCAAGGUAUCGCCGUCAAAGCGCCAUGUUUGUGAAGUAGAACCACCGCGGGGGCAAGGCCUGGAAAACCUUACAAGCUAUGAGCCUGACUGUUGCCAAGCCAACUGGGAUUGCAGAGGCCAGCUGGACCGAAAGCAGGGAAAUACAGACAGGCAUUUCAGUUCAGUGAUAAUCAGUGAAAUGCCCUGUUUGGGCCAGCAGACAUCCCUUACAUUUUAUCAGAAAAUCCACACUGGAGAAAAACCCUAUGGUUAUAAUAAAUGUGGAAGAGAAUUCUGGCCGGAGGAAUUCCUUAUGAGUCAUGAAGGAAUUCAUACGAAUGAGAAACCUUACAAAUGCCAGGACUGUGGGAAGGCCUUUAAAUACGGCUCUCGGCUCAUUCAACACGAGAAUAUCCAUUCUGGUAAGAAGCCCUACAAAUGCCAGGACUGUGGGAAGGCCUUCAAUUCAAGCUCCAAUUUCAUCCAGCAUCAGAGAGUUCACACGGGCGAGAAGCCUUAUGAAUGUAAGGAUUGUGCAAAGGCCUUUAGUCGAAGCUCACAGCUGAUUGAACACCAGCGGAUUCAUACGGGUGAGAGACCCUAUCAGUGUAAGGAGUGUGGCAAGGCCUUCAAUCGGAUCUCACACCUUAAAGUCCAUUAUAGAAUCCAUACUGGUGAGAAACCCUACGCAUGCCAGGAAUGUGGGAAGACCUUCAGUCACCGGUCUCAGCUGACUCAACACCAGACGAUUCACACCGGCAGGAAACCCUACGAGUGUGAGGACUGUGGGAAAGCCUUCAAUCAAGGCUCGACUCUCAUUCGACAUCAGAGAAUCCACACGGGCGAGAAACCCUAUGAGUGUCAGGUGUGUGGGAAGGCCUUCAGGGUGAGCUCGCAACUGAAGCAACAUCAGAGGAUCCACUCGGGGGAGAAACCCUACGAGUGUCAGGUGUGCAGUAGGGCCUUCAAGCGAGUGUCCCAUCUGAGUGUACAUCACAGAAUCCAUACAGGAGAGAAACCAUAUGGAUAUAAGGAGUGUGGGAAGGCCUUCAGUCACUGCACGCAGCUGGUCCAGCAUCGAGUCCUUCACCCUGAGGAGAAGGCCUAUGAGUAUAAGGGGUGUGGGAGGCCCUUCAGCCAUGACUCAGCAACUGCUCAGCGCCCGCGAAUGUGUACUGGAGAAAGCCAUGUGACUAUCAGAACUGUGGACACGCCUCCCAUCAGCACCUACCCCUUACUGAUUAUCAGAGAACUUAUGUUAGCCAGCAGCCACGUGAGUGGAAGUCACGGGGAAAGCCCAUUAGCUUAG